GCCGCCAGCGGAAGGACCAUAAACAAACCUUCGAAAAAUUGUUGCUUCUACCGGGAAAGCUCAACGUGUAAAAUGUGUCUUUUUGAACAGAUCAAACUUCUCCACGAUAAUGGACUCCACUCAAACCUCAUAUCCUUGGGAAAUUUGGUUUUGACAAUGGCAGAAAACAGGCCAGAAUGUCUUAAUCCAGUGUCGAGGUACCAAACACUAGUUUAUGUUGGCCAGUCGCUGCAGAGUCAAGGGGAACACAGACGUGCAGAGGCAACCUUCAAGGAAGCUCUUCAGUAUGCCAAGGCUGCCACUAAGACCAAAGCUGCUAAAACAGCUGACUUGUUCAAAGAAGGAGUUACAGAAAUAGAUGUGAAAUAUGCCAUGGCUGAAUGUAAUAUUGCAGUGCGGCAGUUCAGCCAAGCCCUAACCCUGCUAGAAUCCAUUCCACAACGUCAUCGCACGCCUAAGGUCAACAUGGGGCUUGGACGACUUUAUCAACAAGCUGGCAUGGAGAGGCCUGCCAUUACGGCAUACAAAGAGGUGUUAAAGGAAUGUCCUCUAGCACUGGAGGCAGUACAAGAACUACUCAGCCUUGGAGUGAGAGGCGCAGAGGUUGCGUCUCUUAUGAUCAACAUGCAUGGAAAUUCAUCUGCAACUGAAUGGUUAUCGUUGUGGGUAAAAGGACAUGCAUACUUACAUGGACGUGAUUACACUAGCGCCAUAAAUGCCUUCCGCCAGUUAGAGGAGACUUCUGUGCUAAGCCAUAAUGUAGAUAUCCUGGCCACACUUGGAGAAACAUAUUAUCUUGCAGGAGAUGCAAAGAAUGCCCUGAGCAUGCUGCAGAGGGCCAAUGCUGUUGACCAUCUGAAUCUCAGGGGCACAGACCUCCUGGCAUGUCUCUUGGCUGGGGAAAAGAGAAAUCGCGAGCUUGAAGAGUUGGCAAUGGCUGCCACUUCUGUCACUGACUCAGCUCCUCAGCCCUGGAUUAUUAUGGGGUAUUAUUGCCAACUCAGCAAAAGAACAACAAAGGCCAUUUAUUUUGCUCACAAGGCAUGUUCAAUCAACCCACGCAGUGUGGAGGGUCUGCUGCUGAAAGGGACACUGCUACUAGAAUUAAAAAAAUUACAAGAAGCUGUUAUGCACUUCAGGGAGGCAAUGCAGAUAGCGCCACAUCGUUUUGAGCCACACAAAGGUUUAGUUGACUGUUAUUUAGCAAUGCAUCGAUCUAGAGAAGCUGUAACCAUUGCAAGUAAUGCAUGCAAACUAUUAGGCCAGACUCCAAGAGCUUUAACUCUGUAUGCCUCAGUUCUGCUAAAGGAUACCUUGACUGUCAGUAAAGGAAAAAGUCUGUUGGAGAAAGCCUUAAAGGAGGAUCCAUAUUAUCUUCCAGCUGUUUACCUUUUGUGUGAAAUAUAUGAACAGGACAUGCGAUAUGAUGCAGCAAUUGAAUUACUACGAAAGCAGGUUGCAGUACAAUCAACUUGUAGACUUCAUCAGAUGCUAGCAGACUUUUUUUCUCAUGUACGGGAUGAAGAGAAAGCAGCUCAUCAUUUUGGAAUUGCCUUGAAUCAUGAACCAGGUAAUACUCGUGCACUGGAAGGAAUGCAGAAAAUGGAAGCAGCUCCAGACACAGUGGAAGCUCCACCAUAUGACAUGGAAGUUGAAGACAUAGCAGACUCUGAGGGUGAAGUGGAGGAAAGUGAUUUAGAGGCUGUUUGGUCAGAUGUGGACUUCUCCUUCAGUGGGCAGUGAAAAGGUUCAGGGUACCCCAGUAUGACAAACAUGAUGGCAUUACUACUUGUGACUUAAGGUUAAUCAUUAGACUAGUUUGUAUAUAAUCAUACAGCAUUGUUUAUGUUCACACUCUGUACACCAUUAGAUUUAUGGUGCAAGGAUCUUAGUGAAAUAAUACACUUGGAAGGAACAUCAAAUCAUUUACCGGAAGUGUACUGAUUUUUAAUCAAAUUUGGAUGCUCUCAUGUAUUUAUAUGUAAUGUUGCAUGCAGAGGAAUAAAAUGCUGAAAAAAUUAUACUGGGAUGUUGCAGGCCUGUGAUAUUUUGUAUUCUGAGUCGUACAGGCCUGUAAAUCUUUACUAUGGAUACAGGCCUCAAAUUUACAAACAGAAAGAAUAUUAUACCCCCAAUUGUACAAUGUGAUUUAAAUUGAAGAUAUUUAUUACUUAAGAUAUGGGGGUAGUUGAAACCAAGGUAUUUGUUGUGUAUAAUGUAGUUGGAUGCACAGGUAGGAACAGACAUAAUGUAAUUAAUGUAAUUUGAUUACUGAAGGACAGAUGCUGCCAUAUGAUGAUGAGCCUGGCAGUUGACUUCCAUUUAUCUAGUCACUGUACACUCACAAGAUCUUCAGAAAUACUCCAUAUAUGUCCGCAGCUUCAUUAGUUAACUUUUUUAUGUGAUGAUAAACCAUAUCUGUAAAAUGAUAAAAUGUUUAUAUUUCAAAUGUGACUAUCAAUGACUUUUUCAUUAUGUUGUGGCUUCUAAUAAUAAAUAGGGAUUGGUGAAUAUGAGAACCAUAUUUUGUUUGUGUAAGCUCAAGUAUUUGUAUCAACUGUACACACUUGGCAAGCAAAGGAGCUUUUUUUGUACCAAUACUGCUGUUAUGCAUUUAAUGACAGUAACUUUAUGGUUUUAAUUUUAUCUCACCACAUAGAGAUGCAAAUGAGUAUAUGUUGGUGAUAUUUGUGAAAGGCUAUUUCCUUUUUUCAUAAAAAAAAAUGGUUUCAAGCACCAUGUCAGAUAUUAUAUAUAUAGUCAUAUAGUCAUAUUUCACAUUGCAUAAAAGUGAUCAAGAAACCCAAUUACAAAGUUUGUUAUUCAAAGGCUGUUUAGUAAAUGCUUUUUGUAUGUCUGUUUUGAUUCUAGUACCACCAUUGUACAAUAGGGAAAAAGUGUUAAGCUUGCAAUGAAUUGCAUUAUUAAUUCAAGAUUUACUCUGCUGAGUUGGCCUAACUUAGGUUUGAGCUCUCACUGAUAAAACGGAAAAGCUAUCAUUCCAUACAUAACUUUGUUAAUGUAUUUUUUUCUGCUUUAUUCUAGCUUGUGUAAUUUAUAACUGUUUCUCAUGUCUUCUCAUUAUUGUCAUUAUUAUUAUUAUUAACAUCAUCAUCAUCAUCAUUGCUGUUAUUAUUGUUUUUAUCAUUAUCAUCAUUCUUAUUAUUAUUAUUAUUAUCAUUAUCAUUGCUAUUAUUAUCAUUUUUAUUAUUACCACCAUGACCAUUAUCAUCACCAUUAUCAUUCUUCUUUUUAUUAUCAUUAUUAUUAUUAUUAUUAUCAUUGCUGUUAUUAUUGUUUUUAUUAUCAUUAUCAUCACCAUUAUCAACAUUAUUAUUAUUAUUAUUAUUAUUAUUAUUAUUAUUGUUUUUAUUAUCACCAUGACCAUUAUCAUCACUAUUAUCAUUAUUAUUAUUAUAUUAUUAUUAUUGUCAUUGCUAUUAUUAUUGUUUUAUUAUUAUCGCCAUGACCAUUAUCAUUAUUCUUAUUAUUAUCAUUAUUAUUAUUAUUAUUAUUAUUAUCAUUAUUUUAUGUUAUUAUUAUCAUUUUUAUUAAUAUUUAUUAUUGUUGUUUUCAUUGUUAAUAUCAUGAUGAUGAUCAUCAUUUCUAUAAUAUUCAUUCUGCAUGACCCUCAGAUAAGGGACCAUUUUUUCAUCUGAAGGAAUUUUAAGGAUUAAAAAUAAUAAAAGUUAUUUUAAGUUUAUAUUUAAGUCGACAAUUUCCCUUGAGUAUUGGAGCAAGCCCUACAGGUGCAUGAACAGCUUUAUUUUUUCUUCUGUAGGUUAAUUUGUCUUUUUAACAACUUACCUGUCCUCAUUUUUGUUUGGGGGGAGGGGCAUGUGUACAGGUGAAGUAUUCACUUGUCAGACCUUUUUUUAAAUUCUUGUUAGUUAUUUGUGUUUGUUGAAAAAUGUAUUGCAACAUUUCAUAAAAGCCUGUAUUUAUUAUGCAUAUGUUUAUUUGUGUUUUAGUAUUUUUAUUAUUAUUAUUAUUUUCAUAUUGCUCUUCCACUGGAAUAUCUGUUCAUGGUUCAUUCUUCAGAACUCUAACUGUAUGCAAAUUAAUCACCAGAUGUGGAACUGUAUAUUUCAGUAUUUUUUACAUAAUAAAAUUGCAGGUGAGGAAA